CACCAAAUGAAAUAAAAUGGGGUUUUUACCAGAUAAAACUUCAAGAUGUACCUGGUCCAAAUUUGCUGAUCCAGAAACUUCACCGCACACAAAAAGAUCUUGGGAGAAAGAUUGCUGCAAAAUAUACCCCGACAUCCUAACUGCAAUAGGCAGCACACCUUUAGUUAGAUUAAAUUCUAUACCCAAAGGGGCAGGUAUAGAAUGUGAAGUUUAUGUAAAAUGUGAGUACAUGAAUCCUGCUUUUUCUGUAAAGGAUCGUAUCGCGCUAAGAGCCAUAUUGGAUGGUGAAGAGAAUGGUAUUCUUUCUCCAGGGACCACAAUUAUUGAACCGACCACAGGAAAUACUGGAGUUGCUUUUGCGAUGGUAGCUUCAAUUAAAGGUUACCCUUGCAUCCUGGUAAUGCCUGAAAAGACUUCACCAGAAAAAAUAUCCCUUAUGAAGAGCCUUGGUGCAAAAGUCGUACUUUGCCCAAACGCGGCCCCAAUGGGUUCUACUGAAAGUAUAUUUGGAAGAACCUACCAGUUGGUAAAAGAAACUCCCAAUUCUGUAACGCUGGAUCAGUUUUCCAAUUGUGCAAACCCAUUGGCGCAUUAUGACAGAACCGCUGAAGAGAUUUGGGAUGCUCUGGAUGGAAAUAUUGACAUGGUGGUUGCAGGGGCAGGUACUGGCGGAACUUUAACGGGAAUAGGUAGAAAACUGAAGGAAUUUAAACCCGAAACAUUAGUUGUUGGUGCAGAUCCUUACAGUUCAGAAAUUGCUCGACCAGAUUACCUCAAUAGAAGCGAUGUAAGGAAUUCGGAAAUUGAGGGAAUUGGAUUUAAAGCGUUUACCCCGACAACAUUGGAUAGAAAUGUUAUAGACAAAUGGGUUAAGGUAUCUGACAAAGAUGCAUUUGUAAUGACGAGAAGACUAAUAAGAGAGGAAGGAAUACUUUGUGGAGGUACUAGUGGAGCUGCGACAUACGCAGCUCUAAUAGCAGCCAAAGACCUACCAGCCGACAAAAAGGUGGUAGUAAUUUUACCGGACUCCUUCAGAUUUUAUCUGGGAAGAAUGGGCAGAGACCAGUGGAUGGAGACACGCCAAUAUCAAUUGUGCUUGAAUAAAAACAGCAGGUGGUGGUGGGACAUCAAUUUAUCCGAGCUCAAAAUGAAGGAACCCGACUCAUUUUUACCGUGUAUUUCUUGCCACAGGGCUGUCCAUCAGUUAACCAAAAACGAGUGGGAAUACAUGUCUGUGAUAGACAAAAUUGGACAUCUCAUUGGAGUAAUAUCCCAUAAUAAACUAUUGCAAAAGUUAAUAUUGCAAACUGUGCUUCCAAAUGACCCAAUAGAAAAAGCCAUGGUUGUUAUUGAUAUACCAAAAAUUGUAAACACAAGCAAUUUAGGUCUUUUAUCCCGCGCCUUCGACUUGGAUGAAUACUGCAUUGUUUACAAAAAAAUUUAUAGUGAAGAUGCUUCCUCGUAUAUUGAAAAACCAGUUGGCCUUUUAACACCCUUUGAUUUACUUCACUACAUUGCUAACCAUCCAAACAUUGUAAAAUAUGGAGCAAUAUAAGUUAAUAAACCCCUUCAAUUUUUAUUUUUUCUGACUUAAAUGUUUAUUAUAAGAUCAAUUCAAUGUUGGACAUUGUAAGUGCCAGAAAGGAGUUUUGUGGAACAUCUAGAAAAACUGUUUUAAGUCAAACUAGA